AUGAUAGAAUCAUCUGUUCCCGAAAUAAUUCGUUACACGAUUUUCACACAAUCAACUGUGUACUUCGAGAAUCGUGUGAUUGAAUUGAUAAUCGUAAAUGCUCAAAUCUCUCUCUUACAAAAAGCUCGGGAUUUAGUAAUCCCCCAUACUCCUAGUGAAGCUUCAAGUCAACAGGUUCCUAGUGAAAUUUCAAACCAUGCUACUAACGAAAUUUCAACAAACAAUAAUAUUCCCAAUGAAGUUUCAACUUUAAAUUAUUGUGUUUCCGAUGAAAUUUCAAGUCAAAAUGAAAUUUUAGCUUCAAAUAAUCAUGUUCUUAAUAAACCUUCAAAUAAUUCCACUUCUAACGAAGCCUCAAAACAGAAUGGAAUAUCAAAUAACUAUAUUCAUAAUGAAGCUUCUACUUCGAGCAAACAUAUUCCUAAUGAAACUUCAAGCCAACAUAUUCUUUAUGGGACUUCAAGACAGCAUAUUUCUAAUGAAACUUCAAGCCAGUAUAUUUCUAAUGAGACUUCAAGUCAACAUAUUCUUAAUGAAACCUCAAGGCAGCAUCAGCAAAUUCCUAAUGAAACUUCAAGUCAACAUAUUCUUAAUGAAACCUCAAGACAGCAUCAGCAAAUUCCUAAUGAAACUUCAAGCCAGUAUAUUCCUAAUGAGACUUCAAAUCAACAUAUCUAUAAUGAAACUUUAAAUAAUCCAGCCUAUGAGAAUAGUAUACUUGCAUCUCUACCCAGUGAUGCAUCAAAACAAUGUUUAG